CGUUUUGUUUAGCCGUACAGCUUAGAUGCGUGAGAGGGUUUCCUUCUCUUUAAGGAUUCAGUCUUCGCGAUGGCCACCGGGAGACCAAGCAUGAGUCUCUGCCUCGGCGACACGUAAUGCUGCUGGUGGUGUGGAGGGAAAAAAGAUCCUAUUUCGAGAGACAGAUUUUUCUAAUAUCUACUUCACUUCCAGAUCUGACUUUUAGCGCGAGACUGAUUUAAAAAUCGGUAUCAGUUUUGAUUCCGUUACUUAUUAUUACAAUUAGUAGUAGUAUAAGUAGUAGCAGUAGUAGUCGGAGUGGUAGAAUUACUAUUUUUAAUUUCUUUUAACAAGGACGCAGGGAUGACGACCGAAACGGCGCAGCAACAGUUGGACCCACCGCCUUCUCUGCGCUCGAGCCCAGUGCACACCGCACUGCAGAGCUCGCGCACGGUUCUGGAGAGCACCGGCGGUGCAAACGCUUCCAAAACCAAAAAGUCCAAUUCUGGUAUGAGGCGCCCCGAGAAACCACCAUACUCCUACAUCGCCCUCAUCGUUAUGGCCAUCCAGAGCUCGCCGACCAAACGGCUAACUCUAAGCGAGAUAUACCAGUUCUUGCAGGCCCGUUUCCCAUUUUUCCGUGGUUCGUAUCAAGGCUGGAAAAAUUCUGUAAGGCACAACCUCUCUCUCAACGAGUGUUUUAUCAAGCUGCCCAAGGGCCUCGGGCGGCCCGGUAAGGGUCACUACUGGACCAUCGACCCUGGUAGCGAGUUUAUGUUCGAAGAGGGCUCGUUUCGGAGGCGCCCACGCGGUUUCCGCAGAAAGUGCCAAACUCUCAAACCCAUGUACCGCAUGAUGAACGGGCUCGGCUUCGGUGCUUCCAUGCUGCCACAGAACUUCGACUUCCAGCCGCCACCGGCGCCGCUCGCGUGCCAUGCUGGCAGCUACAAUUUGGACGCGAUGACAAGCGCGUAUGACGGACUCGGCCCAACCGCUCAUCACGUACCGAGUCCGAGUUCUGCGUACAUGUCCUCGGCCUGCCAGGUAAGCUCAAGCGGCGGCGACUAUGCGCACGACAAUAAUGCCAAUACAACCGGAAGCAGCAGCAGUCCGCUUCAUUCACCACCGGCCAUGAGUGGACCUCUGGAGUGUCCGUCGCCGUACACCGCCGCCGCCACCGCACACUGGCCUUCAUCUGCAGUGUCUCCCUACAUCAAGCAGUCUCCACUGGCUGCAGGCAGCCCGACAUCCUCCUCAUCCUCCGGUUUACACUCAGGUGUGGCACCAUACGCCCUCGAACAGAGCUACCUGCACCACGGAGCCCGAGACGCUGCAGAUAUCUCAGUGGGAAUCCCUCGCUAUCAGUCUCACUCUUCUCCAGUGUGCGACAGGAAAGACUUUGUGUUGAACUUUAACGGCAUCGCCUCGUUUCACCCGAGUGCUGGAGGAUCUUACUACCAUCAUCACCACCACCAUCAUCAUCAUCAACUACACCACCAAGGAAUCUGUCAAGACAUUAAGCCGUGCGUAAUGUAAUAUAAUGUAGACCGAAACAGGACAGAAGAACCCAAAGACACGGCAGAGACGGAAAAUAUGGAGCCUAAUAUGUAUGUACUAUAUAUAUAUAUAUAUAUAUA